GAUUAUUUUUAUAUAUUAGACAACUUUUUGUCAGGAACAAGUUAUAUUCUGCAAAAAAUUGCUUGCUAAUAUUUUAUUCGUAUAAACGCAUUUUGCAUUCACCGGCAGUUCUUCAUCGCCGCAAUCGCUGUUUGCUCCGUGUUGCUUGCGAUGGCGACGUUACUCGGUUUUUCAAGAUUACUUAAUUAUGCAGCGAAUAAUUGUUUGAGAAGAAUGGCACCGACCGUAAUUUGCAAACAAUAUUAUCCUGCAUUAAGAUUGUCGGAAAUACCAAUAGCAGAAUAUCGAACGGCUAAACUACCAUGGAUGAGACAAAUCCCAGAUUAUCAAACGGAAAUACAGGAAUGGAAUGAAGAGAGGGAGAAAAUAUGCACUGAUGUGACAAAUGAAAUCAACAAUCAGAUUGCAAUGGAUAAUACUGGUCGUAUGUUCGCAAUUGUUCAAGUAUGUGGGAAACAGUUUAAGGUAACGGAACACGAUAUUAUAAUUAUUGAGGGAUUUUGGCCACCGAAUAUAGGCGAUCGACUGAAACUGGAGAAAGUGUUGCUGGUCGGCAGUAAAGACUUCACCCUUAUAGGCAGACCAAUUUUAAAUAGAGAAUUGGUUUCGAUCGAUGCAACAGUUAUAGAAAAAACUCUAUCUCAUACAAAAACUCGCUUUAGGUUCCGACCGAGGAAACAGUAUCGCCGUAUAAAUUUCUACAGAAUACAACACACAAUGUUACGGAUUAAUUCCAUAAGUAUAAACGGAAACAUCAACGAGAAGAAAGAAGUUGAGGGAUUAGACAGAGUUUAUUAACAGUAUGACACAUGAUAUGGUGAAUUCUGAUCAUCAUUUUC